AAAGGGAGGCUGAGAGAAAACCUCUGGAGAGGAUUUGCGAUUCCUCCUGAUGCUCCGAGCCUCGGCUGGUUGUCGACAGCCAGGCAGGCUGUACCUCACUGAGAGCUGGUGUUUCCUUUGGGGCCCCCCUCCCGGCUGUGGGGGGAGGUGGAGAAUUGCGAUCCCACCCGUCAGAGUACUCUCUCUUAAACAUUCACAUACACACAAGCUCACACGCACACAUACAGCAACUCUCCACAGGAAAACGGAGACAGAACGCGCAGCAGCUCUGGUGCGUUGUGCGGUCCAAAUGGGAUCCUGCUACACUUUGAUAGUUAGUUAAUUACUCAUAUGAUACCACACAGAUGUCUGGGGGGCUUUAGCCGAAUUUCUUCUCGCUAACUCACUGACUGACUGAAUGACGGGAUCCUGGGGAAGGCAAACAUUUAAGGAGCGCUGUGGUAUAAAGUAAUAAUCAGAGACUUUUCACCUCAUCUGGAAAUCAAAGCAAAAACUCAACAAUGUGCGCCAUGACGCUACGCUUGUUUUUGCUAAUGGCCGUCGUGGCUACUGGUGGAAUUUGUCAGUCGAACAGCACCGUUGGGUCUCAACAAACAUCCCCUCAAGAAGCGACAACCUCCAAAACCACCCCGAAUGUGGGUCUCCUGCCAGCCCCUCAGCCUAACAACACUACCCUAAAAAUGGCACAUCCACCCUGCAGGAACACCACUUCCAUCAAGCUCUACUUCAAGUAUAUUAACACCGUGAUUUCCUGUGCCGUGUUUGUGGUGGGAAUGGUGGGCAAUGCCACGUUGUUGAGGAUUAUUUAUAAAAAUAAGUGUAUGAGGAACGGACCCAAUGCUCUCAUCGCCAGUCUGGCUCUUGGGGAUCUAAUCUACAUCAUCAUUGGUAUUCCUAUCAACGUCUACAAGUUGCUUGUUGAAAAGUGGCCAUUUAAUGACAGCAACUUUGGACUUGUCCUAUGCAAGCUUGUGCCCUUCCUCCAAAAAGCAUCUGUGGGGAUUACAGUACUCAACUUAUGUGCUUUGAGUGUGGACAGGUACAGGGCUGUAGCAUCUUGGAGCAGAGUGCAGGGUGUGGGCAUCCCCCUGUUUACUGCCAUUGAGAUCUCCUGCAUCUGGAUCCUAUCCUUCAUCCUGGCUGUGCCUGAGGCAGUGGUCUUCAACAUGUUCACCUUCAACCACUCCAACCAAACCAUACGCACGUGUAUGCUGACCCCUACAACUCCAUUCAUGAUGUUUUAUGUGGAGUGGAAAGACUGGUGGUUGUUUGGAUUUUACUUCUGUGUACCACUGGCCUGCACAGCCAUCUUCUACACGCUCAUGACAAGUGAAAUGCUCAACCACAGAAAAGGAAGCCUUCGAAUUGCCCUCAGUGAUCAUCUUAAACAACGACGUGAAGUGGCCAAAGCCGUCUUCUGUUUAGUGCUGAUCUUUGCCCUUUGCUGGUUUCCCCUGCAUCUCAGCAGACUCUUGAAGAAAUUGGUUUACGUUCCGAAUGAUGAAAGACGUUGCGACCUAUUCAACUUCCUGUUGAUCAUGGAUUAUUUUGGUAUAAACUUGGCCACUGUUAACUCUUGCAUCAAUCCCAUCAUCCUUUACUUUGUCAGCAAGAAGUUUAAGAACUGCUUUAAGUCCUGCCUGUGCUGCUGGUGUUAUAGCAAGAACCAGGUCUCAAGCUCAGGCCCCAUGAACGGCACCAGCAUCCAGUGCAAAAACCAUGAGCCCUGCAACCUCAACACCGACAGAAGCCUCCGCAAAGACAGCGACUGAACAGUGGACGUAGACCACUCGCAACAGUCAGUCUCCAAACAUGCUUUAAACGCUACGAACCGGACAUCAGCCAGUGUCAAUCUUUCUAAUUGCAUUUUCACUAUAGAAACUACAGUCCCUCUGUGGUUUUAUAUAUAGCCACAAAUUAGACAAUAGACCUGAUAUAUUUAAAGUCUCCCAUAGACCCGGAGCAGCUGUUCCCAUAGACUUCCAGACUGUUGUUGUUCAAUAUGAGAAAUUGUGGGAGUUUAAAGCAACAGUAACAGGAUGCAGCUGAACCGAACCUAACAGCAACAAAUUAAUUCUCAUCAGGAACUCAAAGCGUUGUCCACGUAAGCACUGUACUAUGAAAAUCCUUCAAAUCCUCAGUGUCCGAUGUAAAAGGAAGUUUGAGAAAGGAAAGUGAAGUGGUCUGGGUCAGUCUGCUGCUUUGCAUCAGUGAGCUUAGCCAAAGAAUCUCCCGGCGUGCCCUUGAGUAGGCAGCCCAUCAUUUAAGUUCAGUGUCCGCUUUAAUGUCCGUUCGUUAUUUUUAGUCUGGACACGAUUAUGGAAGCUUGAGCAACAGGAACUUUCGAGUACUUCAGGCCUCAAACUUUAUUUAGUUGUUUAGUGACUCUUGUUGUGCGCUGGACGUCACCUCAGUUUAUUUAGUGGGAAAGAUAAUGUAGAUAUUUUCACCUACCUUUGUGUUUUGUUCAAUUUCAUGUACUGCAUAUAUGCAUGACAGUGGCUUUAUCUCUAAAACGCAAUGAUGUCUAAGGUGUUAAAUUUAAAUUAAUAUGUAAGGUUGGGGAAAAUUUAAAUAGGAUUUAUUAAAGCUUGAUGAAUCACAACUGUUGCAGUACGUCUAAAAUUUACCAGCUGGAUUCACUAACUAUCAAUUCUAGUAAUGAGGAGGCCAAUGAAAUUUUGACCUUGUUGGAAUUUAAGAGUGAUUUCCAGGAAGGUAUCCAACUGCAAUAAACUUUGGGUUAUUGUGUGCUCUUGACAAAAAAAAUGAUAGAAAGAAAAAACUUUUCUACAUUCUGAGUAUAUAAGAGCGUGGGAAAUAGGACAUUUAUGUAAUCGAAAUAGCAACGCCCAAGAGAUACAUACACUGUAAAAAGUGAAAAGUUGUAUCAACUUGAAAAUAAUUUCAAUUGGUAACACUUAAAAAAAGUGUAUUUUAGUAUUAUAUUAUUAUUAUAACUUAAUUUUUAAAGGUGAAAUUUUAAUUAUUUUUUUUUAAAGUUAAUACAACUUUUCACUUUUUACAGUAUACAUUACCUUGCUUUAUUUGUACACUGUGAAUUUUACCAUAGUUCAUAAAUGAUGUUAACCUUGUAUACAUUACUUUAUUAUUUCUAUUAUUUAAUGGCCUCCAUAUUUUAAAGCUGAAUUAUUUUUAUUUUAUGGCAGCAAAAUAUUUUCUUUUGUUUCUUAAUGUAAUUUGAAAUUCCUAAUAUGAAUGAACGUUAUACUUAUUCUGACAAAUAUCUACUAAAGUGAUACUUGUAGAUGGACAUUUGUGUGUAUGAGAAAAUAGAACAGAUCACAUUUUUGAGACUAUGAUGUCACAGAUUUAUGAUGAUGAUGUCACAUAUGUAUUCAUCUUCACUGCCAUUAUUGAGUGAGGAAUGUUGCACCUUUAUAAACGUAUAUUUAGAUUUAAACUUGUGAUAACAUAUAACAGCUCUGUUUACUCUUCAGUAUAUGCUAUGAAUUACUGUGAUUAACUGUACACUAUUUUACAUAUCACAACUGACAGUACUUAAAACAUAACAUUGCUUUUUUAAAGACUGUUAUAGCCUCAGUCCAAUUUUCUAGAUAAGCUGCUAGUUAUUUUCAAGAAUAUUGGACUAUUGAUCCUACCACUUAGAGCAAUGUUGUCUUAUCUCAAAGUGUAAUGAGGUUUCCAUGUUCAAAGAAUGGUGCCUUGUGACAGCUGUCUGUAUGUGGCUUGUGAAGAAGCUCCAGUAUGGGAGUGACUUAAGAUGCACUUUGACCCCGCAACAAGGCCCCUUUGGGUCAUCUGUGUCAAGCCAGAGGAUGUGAAUGGUGCGUCUACAGAAGAUUAAAUGUAAACUGUGGGAUCUGUUUGCAGUGCCUGGAGAGUUAUUUAGUCAAAGUCUUCUGUCGGUCUGAUAAUGUUUUGUACAAUUAUUCAUGUUUUUAUUUGCUUGCGUGGUGUUUUAUGCCAUUAAAACAGUAUGUAUGAUGUUUGUAUGCUGAUAUAUUAUCAGAAUGGUCAAUAAAUGGGUUGUUGUA